AUGGGGAGGGGCAGAGCGAAAAAACAGACUACCACGACUCUGGCAGAACCCACAACAAAAGUUGGGUCAACAGUGUCGCCUAUAGGCCAAGGAUGUGGUGGACACCUCACACCACAGAAUCAAAUGUCUCUGAAUGUGCAAUCUCUGACAAAGGAGCAUACAGAGGAGAAGAGGAUGCAAAGCAAAGGGGAAUCGCAGGUAAUUGCAAACCCUAAUAACGCGCAUAAACAAACGGCGAUGAACACCAUGGAUACCAUGGUGACAGAGCUCGAGAACCCUACCCUGACAACAUCGGCUACUAUAGCAAUGGCAGGGGAAGGGCAGCAGAAAAUGAAUAGCACCCAGGAAACACAGCAAGUUGGAAUAACUGAAGGGAAGAAUGGUCAAACUUGGGCAAACGUAGUUGCAGGGAACCCAUUUGCUACAAGAGGUAUGAACCUAAACUACUACGCCCCAGUUUACAAAGAUGGGAAGUGUGUUGUAGCACUGGAACAAGAGGACAUUGAAGAAGAAUGUGUGAAAUGGCAGAAAUCCCUAAUCCUAUACGUGAUAGGUGAAUCACCAACAUUUGGGGCCGUUGAGAGAUUCCUCAAAAGUCUGGGUAUAUGCAGGGAAAGGCCGCAUAUGUACUACCACAAUGAUAAUUAUUUCAUCAUUCGAUUCCAAACAUUAGAGGAACGUGACCAGGUAUUGUUGUCUGGCCCCAGUACCAUCAACAACAAACCAGUUAUAAUGAAGCCUUGGACAUCAACAUUCAGCUUUAAGGAGGAGGUGUUGAAAAAUGUGCCAAUUUGGGUUAAAUUCCCAAAUUUACCGGUAGAAUGUUGGGGGAUGAAGGUUUUAAGUAAGAUUAGCAAUGGCUUAGGUACGCCCAUAUACGCAGAUGAUUGCACUACCCAUAUCACUAGGAUCUCGUAUGCUAGAGUCCUAAUAGAAAUGGAUAUAACAAAACCACUUCCUAAGACAAUGCCAGUAAAAACCCCUAAUGGAGAUUUGUUUGAUCAAAUGAUUGCUUACGACUGGGAGCCACAGUACUGUCAAAAAUGUUUGCAAAUUGGCCAUGACUGUCAUACCAAUCCUAGACCAGCAAAACAACCGAUAACACAACCACAGCCAAAUACUAUAAAACCACAAGCUACCUAUAACCAGAGAGGAGGGAAGAAUGUGCAACACUGGAGGAACAAGGGGAAUGAGCAUCACCUGGGUAGAGUGACUGCCAAUAUAACACAAGGACCUAACAAAGAAGGUUGGGCAGAGGGAAAUAACAAGGCAGCUACCAGGUCACCAGCCAAAACAAGAAGAGACGGGAAGGGGUUAUCCACCGAAAAUGGGUUUCAAGCCUUGACAGACCAUGAAUUGGUUGGGCUGGACGUAUUGACACACAUUGGAAAGAGAUCAGAACAGGGGAAAAGUAGAAAAGGAGAUGAGAACUAUAACAAUGCAUUUCCCCCAAUCCAGAAAUGA